UCCUGUGUGCACGUACAAUAAUAUGAGGAGUGGCAGUUCAGAAUUACUACUCGAGCAGCAACAACAAGAGUUACGCUUACGUAAAUUACGAGAACUGGCUCCAAAAAAGAAAAAUGGCAAUCGGCGCUUUCGAUCGUGGCGCGAACGUGCACGUUUCUAUGGCACGUCAACACUUGCAUUCUUUUCGGUGACAGCAGGUGCUUCAUUAUUGUUCCUUGUGCCGCUUUAUGUCGAUCCGGCGAUAUCGACAUUAAGUCACGAUUUUAUCGAAAACCCAACACUUUGCACAACAACGCGUCGCGAAGAUCUAAUCGGCAUAUUCAAUUGUUCGUGGAGUUCGUGUCGCGAGGGUUGCACAUCUGAUCUAUAUCGUUGUGUGCAUAUAUAUGUGACGUUUAUCGAACAAAAUAUCACUAUACCAGAGAAUAUGACCGACUAUACUAAUUAUACGUCCGAAUGGGAACAAUCCGAAGAGGCAACAUUGUUAGUGAAUAUAAAAGGAUGCGGAUAUCCGCCAACAGUGACUUGUAAGAAAUUUAACUCUUACUAUGGUAUUGAGGGUGCGAUAUAUCCGUGUUAUUAUUCGCGUAAAAAUAAAACUGUGGUACUGACGUCCUACAAUCACGACGAUCAAGUCGCAAUGAUAAUACAUUUUUUUGCAGUGCCAUUUGUGAUAACAGUUAUUUCGUCAGUUGCGCUAUGUGUAAUGCAUUGCGAUUGUCGAUGCAAAAAGGAUCGAAGCCAUCGAAGAAACAGACCACAAAACAGAAGACCACGCAUAGAAAAUCUUAGUGACACCUCGAUAUCAACUCGCGUGGAUAUGUUAACGCCUGCAAUCGAAGUAUAUAAACCACCUCUCUGACAUAAGGAUGACACAGUGGAAAGCAAUUUAGGUAAUCCUUCAACUAGUAGCGGCUUCUAGCACAGGUUUACUACCACCGCAGAACUUGCUAGGGAUAAUCUAUAUGUUCUUCCAUCAUAGUGUCAAUCGAAGUAAACUAUUAUCACAAUAUAACAACAAACACUACUACUAUUAAUAUCACUGCUGUAAAAAACGUUUUAACUACAGAUGCGUAGUAAUUCUGAAAAAGUGAAAAGUUUAAACAGGUAAAAUUUAUAAAAUCUGUCAGAAUGUGGCACCAAGAAAUGCCUGAUAUCUUUUUAGUUAUUUUUUAUCACAAUGGCAUAAA